GAUGAGGAGAUUAUAAAAAGGAAGCAGGCCUCGGCUCGUCCUUUCUCCCUGUGGAGCUAACCACGUUGGUAGCGUCCGUUCCUGGCUCACCGCUGUUCGCUUGAAUUUCUUCCGAAUAAGUCGGUCAGGAAUAAUUAAAAUGGCUUUUAAGGACACUGGUAAGGCCCCUGCUGAGACCGAGGUCGCCAUCCAUCGCAUCCGGAUCACCCUCACCAGCCGCAACGUCAAAUCUCUGGAGAAAGUCUGUGCUGACCUGAUCCGUGGCGCCAAGGAGAAGAACCUGAAGGUUAAGGGACCGGUCCGCAUGCCAACCAAGACUCUGCGCAUCACCACCAGGAAAACUCCCUGCGGCGAGGGAUCCAAAACCUGGGAUCGCUUCCAGAUGAGGAUCCACAAGCGCCUGAUUGAUCUCCACAGUCCAUCUGAGAUUGUCAAGCAGAUCACCUCCAUCAGCAUCGAGCCAGGCGUAGAGGUUGAAGUCACCAUUGCAGACGCAUAAGCAGUGCCGUUUUUCAAUAAAGACCUGAAAGAAAGAAA